AUGAGGCAAGGUACACGUGUUCCCGUGUCGAGACAUGGUGCAGGACGACCACGCAAGAGGACGUUGGAGUCCCUGGCAGCAGAGUCGCCAAAGACGUCUACGGGGGUUAAGCUUGUUGGUCAGGGACUAACUCUUUAUGGUGCUGCGGGCACGUUGGGCUUCCAGACCCCGAUGGUUUCUUUAGAGGUACCUACCUCGGUCGUACCUGUCAUACCCACUCCUACCGUAUUUACGGUACCACCAGCGGUACCACUGGCAUACUCGACACUUACUCCGGUCGUGCCCACUGCGUACCCAGCACCCUCGCCACUAGUGCCUACGGCAUAUCCGACACCACCACCACCAGUGCCUACGGCGUACCAGGCACCACUGCCACCGGUGCCUACUACUCACCCGACACCCGCACCAGCAAUAGUAGUUGCUCUAUAUCCGGUACCACCACUUACUGCACCUCCAGCCGCACCCACUUAUGUUGACCUUGCAGUGCCACCAGCGGCACCUGCCCCUGUUUAUGCAGUAGCACCGGGGAUACCUCCCCCGGCCUAUCCAGCGGCACCACCUGUAGUACCAGCUCCAGUGGUUCCGCCAGUUCCCGCAGCGGUCCCUACUCACCUUACUGAUAUAGUUACGGCACAAGCACGGAUCCCCGCUUUGGCAUAA